AUGCAUUUGAUGUAUUACAAUGACAGCAACGGAAAAAGGGUGUAUACGCUGAAAAAAGAGACUGCUGCUGGAAAGAUCACUGAAAGUGCGCACCCGGCGAGAUUUUCCCCGGAUGACAAAUUCAGCGCCCAAAGAGUCGCGUGUAAGAAGAGAUUUGGAAUAUACCUUCCGGCUUUACCCCAGAAACCAAUGUGA